AGAGGGUUUUGGCUGGGAGAAGAGGUUUCAGAGGCAUUCAAUUUUAUUGGCUGUUUAACCUUCUGCUUCUCGGAUCCGACCCUUCGUUUUCUGUAUUUGUCCUCCUCCGAACGGCACGAAAAGCCGUGGCCGUAUUGCUUCUCUUACGAUUCGUCUUUGUUCCAUCGAGAUCUCGCUAUCUGAUGGUUUGCCCCACUAAGCAAUGUCGCUGCAUCUCUUUCUCUGUCCUGGUUCGCAGUGAAGUAUCUCUGAUGUGAUAACCAAAGGCCAAUUCAUAUUCUAGUCAGUCAAUUAAUGAUUGUUUGUGAUACACACUUCUUUCUCGCUCAAUUAGUGUCAGAUUUCGAGUUUGGCGCCUGCUUGAGAGAGGAAGAAAAGCUUUAUUCUACCGCCACCUCUGUUGCUGGCCUCAAAAGCCACUGGUUUUCCUUUUCAUUCCAUGUCUCCUAACCUGGACAGCCCUGUGCAGACCCAGAUGGCUGUUGCAGUCUUUAAUGGUACCAUCAAUGGGGAGUACCAUGGGACCAAGAGAGUGGAGGGAAAACCUGCUGGUAGGAGGCGUGUCUUUGUGCAAACUGAAACUGGUUGUGUGCUGGGGAUAGAGUUGGAUAGGAGUGACAAUGCACAUACUGUGAAGAGGAGGUUGCAAGUUGCCCUUAAUGUUCCAACAGAGGAGAGCUCACUGACCUUCGGGGAUAUGGUUUUGAAGAAUGAUCUUAGUGCUGUACGAAAUGAUGCCCCUCUUCUUCUGACAAGGAACUUGCUGCACAGAAGUUCAUCCACCCCAUGUUUGUCACCUACUGGUCGUGAUCUCCAACAGAGAGACAAGAGUGGCCUAAUUGAAAUCUUAGGCUGCCCUAGUCGUUUUGCUGAAACCAAGCAACUGGUGAAGGACAUUGUAAAGGGGAUUAAGAAUGGUGUUGAACCAACCCCUGUUCACAGUGGCCUUGGAGGUGCUUAUUAUUUUAGAAAUAUCUGGAGAGAGAGUGUUGCGAUUGUGAAGCCCACAGAUGAAGAACCUUUUGCGCCAAACAACCCAAAGGGCUUUGUUGGCAAAGCCCUUGGUCAGCCAGGACUGAAGCGUUCAGUGCGAGUUGGGGAAACAGGGAUCAGAGAAGUUGCAGCUUACCUUCUUGAUUAUGAUCACUUUGCCAGUGUGCCUGCUACUGCCCUUGUGAAGAUAACUCACUCAAUCUUCCAUGUCAACGAAGGGGUGAAUGGAACCAAGUCUCAUGGCAAGAAGCAGGUGAGCAAAAUUGCAUCUUUCCAACAGUUCAUUCCUCAUGACUUUGAUGCCAGUGAUCAUGGGACUUCGAGCUUCCCUGUUGCUGCAGUGCAUAGGAUAGGGAUAUUGGAUGUUAGGAUCUUUAACACUGACAGGCAUGCUGGAAACCUUCUUGUUAGGAAGCUUGAUGGGGUUGGGAGGUUUGGUCAUGUGGAGCUUAUUCCGAUUGAUCAUGGCCUUUGCCUGCCAGAGAGCCUUGAGGACCCUUAUUUUGAAUGGAUCCAUUGGCCUCAGGCAUCAAUUCCAUUUUCAGAUGACGAGCUUGAGUACAUAGCAAAUCUUGAUCCAGUAAAGGACUCUGAGAUGCUUCGAAUGGAGCUGCCCAAUAUUCGGGAGGCAUGCCUUCGGAUCUUGGAUCUGUGCACAAUUUUCCUCAAGGAAGCAGCUGCCUUUGGUCUCUGCCUAGCUGAGAUUGGUGAGAUGAUGACAAGAGAGUUUCGAGGCUGUGAAGAAGAGCCAAGUGAGCUGGAAGUUAUAUGCAUUGAGGCAAGGAGGCUGAUAGCAGAGCGGGAAGUGUUAUCUCCAGAUGCUGAAGCAGGAGAGGAACAGGAGUUUCAGUUUGAUAUAGAUUGUGAGGAAGCUGAAAAUGACUUCACUCCUAAGAUGGCAGAUUAUUUCCUGCAUAACGGGACAUUCCAUAUUGGGUUUAAGGGUGGGAAUGGUCGAAACCCUCUGUCUAAACUGGAGGAGUGCAUUGAAGAGGAUGACAGUGAAGGGGAAGAAAAGCCAGGUGAAGAACCAGCCAGGAUGGAGGAAUUUGCUGUCCCAUUGGCUCGGACCCAGGUUCCUACUGCGUCAAAGCUCUCCAUGUCUCUGAAGAACAUGUGCCUGGGUGAGAAGACCCAACAUUAUCAGAUGGCUAAACCAGAAUGCAGAUCAUCUGGGAACUGGAGAAGUGCAAAUGAGCAGCUGCCUGCUAGUGCAAACUUUGUGAAGCUGGCGGACAUGAACGAAGAGCAGUGGUCACUGUUCCUUGAGAAGGUCCAGGAGCUGCUGUAUCCUGCAUUUGCCAGCCGUAAAGCUGUCACCCUGGGACAGAGGCAGAGACAGAGGCUCGGAACUUCUUGCCAGUUUUGAGACAGUUUUACCAAUCUGUAGUUGUAAAAAGAAUACUGAAGAUGAAUAAGACUUGUAGGUUGUGGGGAUGAAGCUUUGUAGGUAGGUUUGGUACUUUCUUUUUCUGAUUUUGUUUUUCUUCUCACAGAAGAAGGUAUUUGUAGUUGGAAGUCGUAGGAUUGUUGUACAUAUUGUUAGAAUGAGGAUGAGAGUAUAUCAGUCAUCAGCUUAGGUUGAGUGGGUAUGAAUCUGAUUUCCUUUUUCUUUUAA